AAUGGCCGAUAAAUCCAAAUUUCGGGAAUCAGUAAAGGAAAAGCCCUCAAAAUCUUCUAAACUAUUCGUGGUUGCUAUAGACUUCGGAACUGCUUUCUCAGGAUAUGCUUACUCAUCAAGGGCAGAAUGGACUAAAGUUUACGCAAAUAAAUGGGCCGGGGGAGAGCAAAUAUCCUAUAAGGCCCCCAGUGCACUUCUCCUCAACCCAGAUGAAUCAUUUCAUUCUUUUGGAUUUGACGCCGUGAAAAAUUAUGCUUCUUUUGUUGCUGAUGAAGAUUGUCAGGACUAUCUUUUUUUCCAUCGCUUCAAAAUGAUACUGAAGACAAGCUUAGAGAAGAGGGUUCACAGGGAAACAAAGUGCAUCGCUGAGAAUGGCAAGUCUGUAGAUGCGAUGAAGGUCUUCACGUUAUCUAUCAAUUAUAUGAAGGAGCACUUAUUUGAUCUACUUCAAAAUAAAACUGUUGGUGUUGAAUUGACGAUGGAGGACAUUGACUUUGUCAUCACGGUGCCUGCAAUUUGGGAUGACACAGCCAAGAUGUUCAUGCGAGUAGCAGCAGAAAGUGUUGGUAUCAAAAGAGAAAACUUAAAAAUCGCCUUAGAACCUGAAGCUGCCUCUAUCUAUUGCCAGUUAAUGCAUUUGGAAUCAGACGACAACAGUAAAUUCUUUUUAGCAGGGCAAAAAGUCGGUGCAAAGUAUAUGGUGCUUGAUCUUGGAGGUGGGACAGCAGAUAUCACCGUUCAUCAGAUGAAGGCAGAUGGAACGUUAGCAGAAUUGGUGCCAGCAAGUGGAGGUGCCUGGGGUGGAACAUGUGUUGAUCAAGCAUUCGAAGAUUUUCUUGUGGAGUUACUUGGCGAAGAUGUCAUAAAAAUAUUCAAAAUGGAUCCGGAAUACGUUGAAGAUUAUUUUGAUUUUUGGCAAACUUUUGAAAUCAAAAAACGAAGUUUUGAUACAAGCAACAAAGACACAUUUCUUCUUCGUCUUCCUGUUGGACUCGCAGAUAUAGUGGCAAAUAAAUUAAACAAGAAAGGUGAUAAAACAAAAGAAAACCAAGAGAAAAUAACCUCAGAAAUUAGUAUGCAACAAGUUAUUAAAAAAUCAAUAUUUAAAGAUGAUCUGAAGUAUGUACACGGAAAACUACAGAUGAAUUAUUUCUUCUUUAAAAAAAUGUUUGACCCUACUGUGAAAUUACUUACAGACCAUUUAUCUAAACUUUCUAAAGAUAUAGGAAAGGAUUUAAAGGUGAUUCUCAUGGUAGGAGGGUUUUCAGAGUGUAGCGUUGUCCAAGAAGCUGUAAGAGAGAUCCUUAAAGAUAAAUGCAGAGUUGUGAUUCCAAACGAAGCCGGCCUUGCUGUCCUGAAAGGAGCCGUCUAUUUUGGACACCAACCCCAUCUUAUCUCGGAGCGUGUCGCGAGGUAUACUUACGGAAUCCAAACUUGGCCGAAAUUUGAUGAAAAGGUUCACUUGCAAUCAAAGCGUGUCACGAUGGGAGAUGAGGAAAGAUGCAGAGAUGUGUUCUUCCGAUUCGUUUCGAAAGGAGAAAAGAUCAAACCGGGAGAUAAAAAAUCUUACAUAUUUAACGCCCUAAAACCUGGGGAAAGGGCGCUGGAAUGUGGUGUAUACAUUUCAACCGAGGAAGACCCUCACUAUGUUGAUGAGAGGAGUUGUGUAAAGCUGGGGGUUCUUGAAGUUCCACUUCAAAGUGUUAGAGAUAAAAAAUUAGAACUAGAAGAGUCUUUGAUUUUUGGUCACACUGAAUUACAAGUAACAGCUUGCAAUUGUCACAACAAGAAAGAAUAUAAUGUUACUUUUGAUUUGUUGUCUCCAAAAAUCAAUUUCCCUGAUAAGUAAGAGAUUUCUUUAUGUCCCAAUUAUAAAUGCCAGACAUGUUUAAUUGUUUUUGUUGUCAGCGACUCAUGAUCUGAGUUUCCAUAUCAGGGAUGUGUUUUGGUAAGUACAUUUAUUUCAAAGUACAUGGACAUAAACUAUUACUAUUUCUUUGAUAUGUCAUAAGUGUACCUAUUGUCUUUUGUUUUCGUCCUUCAGCUUCUCACAAUCCAAUAACCGAUUUUAGUUUUUUAUUCAAAGAGUAAAAGUAAAUUUACUUCUUUUUAAAUGAAACGCAGCGGAGUUUGAUGGAAGUGAAUGUUUAUCAUAUUUACUUAAUAUUAUUCCUAAGAUUGCUAAAAAGAAAAAUGAAUAUGGUUCCACUGACAUAUUCAAGCAGGUAAAAGGAUUAUAUAUCUUCGUGUUGUUAAACUAUUUUCUAGAUAACCGUGUGCUCUAUUUCUUUUCUGUGAUAUCAACGUAUUUUAUUU